UGCACCUGGGGUUGUAAGGCCACCUGAUGUGGGUGCUAGGAACUGAACUCUGGGCUUCUGCAGGAGCAGCAAGCUCUCUUAACCACUAAGCCAUCUGUUCAACUCCAGAUCCUACGUUUUUGUAAGUCAUGUAGCUGCCCUAGGAACAGAGAACAUAGGCCCACAAAGCCUCACAUGUUUUGCUGAGGAUAUCUGUGUUAGUGUUCUGUCACUGACAAAUGCCUGAGAUGAACACUUUAUAUAGAAGAAAGGCUUAUUUUCGCUGUUGGUUUUCAGUGGUUUCGGUCCAUGGUCACUUGGCUUCAUUGCUUCUGGCCUUGGAUGGGGCAGAAGAUCAUAGUGGAAAGCAUGAAUAGCUCAGCUGCCCAGCUCCUGGCAGCCAGGAGGGGGAGAGGUUGAGAACAAAGAAGCAGGCACAGGAUAUCUAACCCCAGUGACCUGCUUCCUCCAUCUAGGUCCUACCCCCUAGGACAGCCCCAUCUCCUUCUCAUGGUUCAUUCAGCUGUGAACCUAUCAAUGGAUGAACCACUGAUGAAGUCAGAGCCCCCAUGGUCCAUUUUGUUCUGAAGAUAGGAACUUUGGGGGAACAUUUAAUACCAAACCAUAAGGGACUGUGGAGAUGGCUCAGUUGGGAAAGUGACUUCAUCAGUCCAGAGGCAGAAGCAAACGGAUCUCUUAAGUUCAGUGGUAGCCUGGUAUACAUAGGGAGUUGCCAGCCAGGGAUACACAGUGAGACUGUCUCAAAAACAAAAAAACAAGGUUGAGAGUGAUUGAGGAAGAUGCCCACCCAAUAUUGAUGGCCUACACAUACAUGUGCACACAUACACAUGCUGGAAUACAGGGAAUAAGGAAGUUUACAGCUGGUAUUAGGUAGCCAACCAGAAAGAGAGGGGCAGCUGUAGAAAAACAAGCCUGUCUUGUAAGUUCCAGCUGGCUCCAUAGAGGCCGCACCCCUGCCUUGCAGCACACACAAGGUACCUUUGCUUUUUCUGCUAAUAAGCUCAGCAACUGCAAGUAGUUACACCUUCAGCAUAUCCGUGCAUCUGAUGGUUAGAGACUGAAUUGUGGGUAUGUGCAGCUUCUAAGAAACUCUCUUCCUGUUCCUGAAAGACAUUCGACUGCCCCAGUGGUGGGCCAGGGGAGGAGAAAUGCUGGACCCAGAGCUGUCAGUCAGAUUCUAGGUGCCUUCUGUUGCUGGUGCCUGGCUUGAUCCACCCUCCAUUCAGAGGAGAUUAUUUUGCUUCUGCUUUUUAAAAAUUUAAAUUUAUUUAUGUGUAUGUGUGCCACAGUGCACGUGUUGAACUCAGAGGACAACUCAGGGGAGUCAAUUCUCUCCUAAUGUGUGUCCUUGGGAUCAAACUGGAAUCCUCAGAUGGGGCAGUAAGCACCUUAACCCUGCAUUUGCUUUUUAACCUGAAUAAUAAACUGAAAACCUGGCUUGCUCUACCCAUGCUUGGCUGAGUUCUUCAGGGAGGCUAGAACUUGGACUGUUGCCACAGUUGAGGUCUGAGAGAAUGUGGGAGGAGUCAUGUCCCCAUCUACAACAGUCACCACAGCACCUCCUAAAAGGGAGGCGAAAGAGCAGGGAUCAGAAAGACUGGCAGAAGCUCUGCUGCCAGCCCUGAAGAAGUGGACUGAGCUUUGGACCAAGGGCACAGAAGCCAGAGAAGGCAGACACCAAUACUGUCCAGAGCCUGCAGAAGGGAUUAGCCCUGCCGGCACCUUGAUUUUAGCCUGUUGUAUGACACUGUUUCUGGGGGUCAGACAUUAACAAAUUUCUACUUACCCUAAAUAGGGAACUAACAACAGACCAGAAGGAAGACACCACCAAAGUCCAACUUGGUAAACCGAUAAGUUUUAUUGUGGUUACUUACAGGAGCAGGAAUGGCUCAGUCAGCUGGAUCAUCAAAAAGCCCACCUCCACAUGGGUGACAACUCAAGAAAACCCUGAAAACCUGGAGCAGACCUCACAACCUGCAGGCAGUUCAGCAGACUGGAGACUGCCCCUCUUCUAGGCAGCAAGGCAGUACACCCUACAAGCAAGCACAGGCUCCCUGGACCACACCGGCACUGGUGGCCUCAUUAAACCUUCAGGUACCCGGAGAGGAGAUCUAGCCUGCACCAUGAAACUGUGGCUCUUUGCCUGCCUGGUCGCCUGUUUUGUUUGGACCUGGAUGCCUGCUGUCCAUGUCCAAGGUGCCUUUGAAGACUGCUGCCUGGGUCACCAACCCAGGAUCAAAUGGAAUAUCCUCCAGCACGCUAGGCAUUAUCGCGUGCAGGAAGUGAGUGGAAGCUGCAACCUACGUGCUGUGAUAUUCCACUUCCGCCAGAAAGGCAAGGUGUGUAUGAACCCAGAGGACAAGGAUGUGAAGAAGGCAAUGGAGAUCUUGAAAGCUAAGAACAAGCCAGUUGACAAUCCCCAGAAGACCACCUCAGGCUCUCAUACUGAGAGGAGGAAGUUAAACCAUGUGAAGUCUAAGGUGAGGAACCCCAGCAGCACCAGCAUGAGGAACUCCACCCUAGGCCGGUCUAGGAUGGUGAUGAUGACCAGAAAGAUCAACAAUUAAGUUAUUCAGCGUGAGCACCAGCCGGACGAUGGGAGGAGUCCCCUGAAGUGCUGUCUUCUGGGCAUGACAUGGCCACUGAACUCACUGAAGGCACAGUUACCUGUACUUGACUGGACUCAGCAGGGUUUCAGCGUGGGCGAGUGGGGGACUCACAGGGCCCCACCCCUCAUCAACUAGCUAUUGGCUGUUAAUGAUUGCUGGGGGAAAGGGAGUCUUUUUCUCCCCAGAAGUGUUGGAUAGUCCAGUAUACAAUCCCCACCCAUGCUCAUGCAAGCAACCCUAAUUAAAUGCAGUGAGUCACACACAAAGGAAGAGAGGUAUGAAAGUAGGACAGGGCUUGUUAGGAAGAAGGCAUUCAGUGGGAGAGAGAGGACUACAGCAGGAUGAGUAUGUGUGUGUGAAAAUGGUCAAAUGCACACAUAUGUGAAAUGGUCAAAGAACUAAAAAUUAAAAAAUUUAAAAGCCAUUAAAAAUGAAUUACUUGA